CCGUGAGGAGAAAACAAGCCGUAGACUCGCAGGUGGAGGAACCUCAGGGCCGGGCCGGGGCGCGCUGCCCGAGGCUGCCGGGGCCGCCGGGCGCUCCCAUGGGCAAGGCGCUCCCGGCGGGCCGGGAUCCCCGCCAGCCCCGGGCAGCGCUGGGCCGGGCGCGGCGGGCCGGGACAUGGCGCGGCGGGCGGGAGGCUCCGUGGCCGAUGAACUGGCCAACGCCGCCGCCCGCGGGGACCUGCAGAGGCUCAGGGAGCUGCUGGACGGCGCGGCGGACCCCAACGCCGUCAACUCCUACGGCAGGACCCCCAUCCAGGUGAUGAUGCUGGGCAGCCCGCGGGUGGCCGAGCUGCUGCUGCAGCGCGGAGCCGACCCCAACCGCCCCGACCCGAGCACCGGCUGCCUCCCGGCGCACGACGCGGCCCGCGCCGGCUUUCUGGAGACGCUGGCGGCGCUGCACCGGGCCGGGGCGCGCCUCGACCAGCCCGACGGCCGCGGCCGCCUCCCGCUCGACGUGGCGGCGGGGGGCCCGCACGGAGCGGUGGGCCGAUACUUGCGCCACCCGCCCCCCGCGCCUGACCUCUCCCGGGGCAAUUCCCGCCCCAAAAUUAUGCUCGCGCCCGCCUCGGGAGACACCAAGUCGAGCAGCACUCGUGCCAUGCUCUGAAUAACCCCCGAAUCGCUGGGAUGCACGAAGGACAAUACUCUUUGCUCGUGCCUGUGUAUUAUCUUGCCCUGGACGUACUACGGCCCUCCACAGGCCCCUAUUUUCGUGCAGGAGGCCAAAUAUUAUGAAGAGAAAUAUAAAAAUGUGAAGUAUGAAGUAAGAAAAUACUAAAUGUGAAAAUAUUAAAUAGCAAAUAUGAAAUAGCCAAUAUGAAAUAGGAAAUAUUAAAUGGGGAAUAUUAUAUGUGAAAAUAUUAAAUAGGAAAUAUUAAAUAUGAAGGAAAACCCCCACACAGAGCUGGUACUAUAAACUGUUCAUGUUUUGACGGCACCACGUCUGGGCUUUAUGUUUACCCUCAUCCCCGGGGCUCCGCACUCAUACUUGCCAGCCCUCCGUCUGAAGAGGACGGGAGGGGCUCCGAGCUCUCCCUGUCCAAUUUCGGUUACACGGAACUCAAGGGGCGCUGCCUCUCUCUCUAGCAAAACCGGCCGGGACAGCCGGGAAUCGGCGCUUCCUGGUGCCAUUGCGGCUUUGGCAAAUACCUUCGCAGAACGACGUAGGAUGCUGUGCAUGUUUGUACAUGCAUCUUCGGUGCAUCCGUUGCUCUUGUUGUGAAAGUUGCAGACAUGGGACCUAGAAGGAGAAAAUGAACUGAGAUUUGUGUCUCUGCAAGCCCUCUACAGUCCCCACUUGAAGUACUCGUUUUAACGACUUGCAAGCGACGUCCCCUGAGUUAUAGAACCUUGGAAAAAAUCAUGUUAGUUGCAAAACCAAGGCGACCAGGAACGAAAAAUUAGAAAUCAUACACCCCAACUCAAUUCCAGGGCUUACCAAGCUGCUUGCAGGUGAGCAGUUUACGUUUAGUAAAGAAAAAAGCAAGCCGUUUUAACAGCUGUGCUGCUGGAUUAGAAUCUACGGGAGCAGAUAAAUUAUCUGAGAGUCUAUCCGUUUCACUGAGUGCCCCAGCACGGGGAAGUUGGGUGUGAGCACCCCACAGAAAAUGUACAACGACAGCCCACCCUCUACUGAGGGGAAGCCAAAGGCUGGGGAAACCCUCUGCCACCGUGGUGGGUCCCAAACCAUCAGGGGCUCUGUAGGAGAGCACGGGCAGCAGCGAGCAGGGUGGUGAGGCAGGCGAUGGGGACCGUGCUCCCAGCUUGUGCUGAAUGAGUGGGAGACCUUGCCUCCCUCCUGAGACCCCACGCCGGGCUGCACCUGCUUGUCCUAUGCCUUAGGGACUGAGAAAAGGAAGCAAGGCAAGGCAGCUGGAGAGCUCAGAUGUCAUUCCCCAGAGCAAAUCCUAGGCACUUUGCAGACCUACCUACAGAGAAUUAAAGGGAAAAAAAGUUUAUUUUCGUUUUGCAUUCCUACUGAUUGUCCAACUCUUAGAUAGUUCAUAAACAAUAAAAAAUAUGUAUACACUUUUUAAAAA